AUGGUGAUCAAGGGCACCGUGGAAGAGCGAAUCGUUGCUCUCCAAGACCGGAAGCGUGAACUAGCUAACGCCACCAUUGAGGGUAAGGCUGGCGCUGGAAAGCUCACCAUGCGUGAUAUGAUGGCUCUCUUUGGUCGUGAUGCGGAGAACAGCUUCAAGGAUGAUCAAAGCACACUUGAUUUCACGCACUCUGCUCGACUGCUGACAGCUGCGGACGAGCUUGACUACGUCAGUGCGCCUCCGUCUUCGGCGCAGUCUGAUUUCCGCAGCCGAGGCCGCGAGUCUCAAGCUAAAAAGCCGCGUGAGGAGAAUUCCGUCUACGGCCGGCGGUGGUAA